AUGGUUGCUCAAGAUUCAAGCCCAGACCACGGUAAUCUGAUGGAAAUCAAUAUCACGGUCAACGGAAACUCGGUGGCGAUUCAGCUGCACCAGUAUUGGUCGUUGCUCGACGUGCUGCGGGAUUCGCUCGGAUUGACAGGCGCCAAGCGAGGUUGCGACCGGGGCGAGUGCGGGUCGUGCACCGUGUUGCUGGAUGGCAAACCUGUAAACGCCUGCCAGGUUCUGGCCUCUCGCGUCGACGGUACCAAUGUUGCGACCAUAGAGGGUCUGGCUUCCGGCGGAAUAUUGUCCGAGCUGCAGCAGUCGUACCUCGACGAAGACGGGGGUCAAUGUGGUUUUUGCACGCCGGGAUUCGUGAUGGCCACCAGGGCGUUGCUAAACACCAACCCCACGCCAACCGAUGAUGAAGUCCUAGAAGCGCUGUCGGGCAACCUGUGCCGCUGCAACGCCUACGGUCGCAUAUUGGCAUCGGUGAGAACAGCAAUAGAGCGGGAAGCGUAG